CCGAUUUUUAUCGUCUGCUUGAGCUGAGAACAUGUAGUUGCAGUCUCUCUCUCUCUCUCUCUCUCUCUCUCUUCCUUCAGUCUAACUGACAAGGCAUGAAGACAAUGUAUACACUGAAUCCCCUUCCUUCUUUUCCCCACAUUAAUCCAAAUUCCACCAUCACUUUCUUCAAAUCUGACCCCAGAUUCUCCACAUAUUCUUACCUUUCUCUUCCGAAUUUACGUAGCAGAAUCCAAUGUCGACGAACCCCAGAUUCCCCAUCUGCUUUGUUCAACAAACCCACCUUCCAAAUCCAAGAAACAGGGACCAAAAUCCUCAAUUUCAGUUACCCUUCAAAUCCAACAUCUCAGAUCCUCGAAACAUGGAACAAAACCAGCAGUUUCAGUAAAAUCAAUGGUUUCCCAUUUUGUAUUUUCUCAAAACCCACAUCAAAUCUCCUCAGAGCAGCUUCUGAGGCUAACCCAGGAGGAAAUACCGAAGAUUCAAAGCCACAAAGCCUUCAGCUUGCUCUGAUUUUUGGUCUCUGGUACUUCCAGAACAUCGUCUUCAACAUCUACAACAAGAAGGUACUAAACCUCUUUCCCUUCCCUUGGUUGCUAGCUUCAUUUCAGCUCUUUGUUGGAUCUGUAUGGAUGCUCUUCCUCUGGUCAUUGAAACUCCAGCCUUGCCCAAAGAUAUCGAAACCCUUCAUUAUAGCUCUCCUGGGUCCUGCUCUCUUCCACACAAUAGGUCAUAUUUCUGCCUGUGUUUCCUUCUCUAAGGUUGCAGUGUCCUUCACCCAUGUAAUCAAAUCAUCGGAACCUGUCUUCUCAGUUGUGUUCUCAUCCUUCCUUGGUGACACAUACCCACUUAAUGUCUGGCUCUCAAUCAUUCCUAUUGUGCUGGGUUGUUCUCUUGCUGCAGUUACUGAAGUCUCCUUCAACUUUCAGGGCCUGUGGGGAGCUAUGAUCAGUAAUGUGGGAUUCGUUCUUAGGAAUAUUUAUUCAAAAAAGAGCUUACAGAACUUCAAAGAAGUAAAUGGGUUGAACUUAUAUGGAUGGAUAAGUAUAAUUUCACUGUUCUAUCUGUUUCCAGUUGCUGUGUUUGUUGAAGGAUCCCAGUGGGUUGAAGGGUAUAGAAGAGCUCUAGUGGGUAUUGGGAAACCAUCGACCUUAUAUCUGUGGGUGAUCAUAUCUGGGGUUUUCUACCAUCUAUAUAAUCAGUCCUCUUACCAAGCUCUUGAUCAGAUUAGUCCAUUAACAUUCUCGGUCGGAAACACAAUGAAGAGGGUGGUAGUGAUAGUUUCAUCAAUUCUGGUUUUCAGGAAUCCUGUGAGGCCUUUGAAUGCUUUGGGAUCUGCCAUUGCAAUCUUUGGGACUUUUCUGUACUCCCAGGCGACAACAGCUAAUAAGGCAAAGAAGGUCGAAGGUGAAAAGAAGAGAUGAAAUUUGUUGUUUCCUUCACUUCCACUCUAUUACUUAAAUAAGAUAAACAUUUUGUUCAUUGUCUCUUCAACAUUUGAUACUUAAAUGAUCUGUUUAAUAGUAAUUAGAUUCAAUCAUACUACUUCGACUUCGAAACAUGUUUUCAAUGAAAGUUUUGCAGUAUGUGGUCUGUUAACUUGCUUAA